AUGAAUUAUUUAAGAUGGUCAUACCCUGAUGCACCAGUUGAAGGAUAUUGGGGGGAAGUUACAUCUACAAUCGAUUGGUGUGAGGAGAACUAUGUUGUCUCUUCAUAUAUCGCAGAAUGGUCUAAUACGUUGACUAAUGCUGUUUUUGUCUCUACUGCUUUGUAUACUACUUAUGCUGCAUACCGUUCGCAAUUAGAGACCAAAUUUAUUUUAAUUGGCCUUGGGUUUGCGCUUGUUGGUAUAGGAUCUUGGUUGUUUCACAUGAGUUUGAGCUAUAAUUAUCAAUUGUUAGACGAACUUCCGAUGUUAUAUGCAACUUGUAUACCAAGUUGGUCAAUGAUCUGUGAAUUUACUGAAUAUUUGGAUAGACCAGCUGAUGAUGACACAAGCAUCAAUAUCUCCAAGAAGAGACAGGUUGUUGUUGGGUCUAUUAUUUUUAUCGGUGUCACUAGUUUGAGUGUUCUUUACAUUAUCUUUAAGAAACCAGCAAUUCAUCAAAUAGCAUAUGCACUAUUGAAUAUUUGUGUCGCUGCAAUGUCAUUUUUAUUAACCCAAAAGAAAAUUAAGGAUAAAACCGCCAUAUCUAACCUGCAUUCUUGCAUGGUAAUAGGGACCAUACUGUUUCUAGUUGGAUUUAUUGCUUGGAAUUUAGAUAAUCAAUUCUGUUCACUUUGGAUUCAUAUUAGAAGAAAAUAUUUAUUACUUCCAUUUGGUGCAUUCUUUGAAUUGCAUGGAUGGUGGCAUUUAUUAACAGGAACAGGUGUAUACUAUUAUAUCAUGUUCCUGCAAUAUUUAAGAAUUUUGACAAUUCAUAAAGGUGAAGAUUAUAAAUUUAUAUGGAGAUGGGGUUUUAUCCCAGAAGUAAUUCAAAGGGAUUACAAACCGUGUACAAAUUAUUCAUUGACGUUGAACGGUCCGUAUGUGAUCGAAGAGGAAAAGAAAAACCAAUAG